UCUUCGACCAAGCCUCAAUCUCUUCCCUUUUUCCUUUGGUUCCCCCUUCCUUUUCAUCUCUAGCCUCUUUCGAUGUUCAUCUCCUUCCUGAUCCUUACUCGCCAGCCUUGGGGAUUGAACCUUCUCUUUUUCUCUCCUUCGUCUAAACCAUGAUUUCUCUCUCGUCAUUUGGGUCACCUUGUUCAAAGUCCAAUUGAAACCCUAACAACGAUUUUGAGGGUGAGAGCGGAGUUGAAAACGGAAGAGCCGAAGAGGAGGGGCGAGAAUGCGGUCGUUAGAGACAUUGCUGCCGACGGAGACUCUUGAGAUAGAGAAUGGACUGUCUAUGGUCUCGAACGUGAAGCUCCUACGACGACCAAGGAUGAACGUGAAGAUAAUGACAAGGAAGAGAGUAUUAAGGAUGCUGAGAAGAAGUUAUCCGAGGGGAGGGAAGCAAGAACCUGAUACCAUUGUUUUGAGAGGUGUCCCAUCACGGUGGUUUGCAGAGCCGAGAGUUUCCUCGAAGCCUUCCAUGCUUGUGACACGUACUACUUUUUCCUUAUUUGGGAAGAUAAGGUGAUUGCUUUUGCUCGAUUUCCAGUUUGCUAUAUAUUGGUUCAUCUGCAACAGAAACUUUAUAGUGGAUUUAGUAUUUGCUAAUUUAGUAAUUUGGUACUCUGAAAUUUCUGUUGCUUUAAGAUUUGAAACUUUAAAAGGAUUGUCGUGUGCAAGUUUGAUUCUUGUGGUUUUUACUGUAUCAGGAUACUUUUGCAUGUUGUUAUUGCUUCAUUUGCGAUUUCUUGUGUCUGUUUUCAUCAAUCUUGUAGUAUGAAUUUGCCUUAUUAUUAUACGUUAUCCUUGAUGUUUCUUCUUUAACUUGCUCCAUAUAGGAAUCUUAAUGUCACUGAGGAUAAUGAUCUAGGUAAGGAUGUGGAUGAUGAUGGGUUGAACCUAGUUUCAGGGCUUAAUUGUAAGAUUGUGGUUCAGUUUGAGACGUAUAGGGAUUUCUUUAACACAUUUAAGGUGCUAUGUAGUCACUCACUGCUAAAGAUAUGGGUACAUUCCAUGGAUUUUAUAUUGUUGUUAUCAUUUUUGAAGUAUCGUGAGCUCGAGCCCUAUAUAAUGAUAGAUAGUUUAAGGUGUUUCUAUGUGAUGUGAAUACAUUUAACAACAAAUUGCAAGUAAGUCUUCUGUUUCCUACUUAGGAUUUAUUGAUGCCUAAGAUGAAAUGGAUGAAAUGAAGUUAUAUUGCAUGA